GCCAAAGCGUGACCAAACGCGGCGUGUAACAGGAACAAAGCUACCUCCAGUCAUAGACCUGAAAUCCCGUCGUGAUGAAGAUGAAAAUGCCCAGCAAUCUCUGUUUUACAUGCCAGGCCAGAAGCAAGAGUUUGCAAGACAAGGAUCAGGAAAUUCACCAUACAUGGGCUCCAAUGACCCUGAAUGGAAGUUUAUUAAUGAAUAUGAUCCAAUCUGGCCAAAUGAUUAUGAGAAAGUUGUCAAAGACAUGAGAGAGAGGAGGGACCGAGAAGAGGAAGAAAAAAGAAAGAAAGAAAGAGAAGAAAGAGAAAGGAAGAGAAGAGACAGAAGUGGUGCUGAGGAAACUGGCUUUGCAAGGUUGAGAGAACCAGAGGAGGAAGAGGAGGACGAUGAACGGCCAAGGAGAGGUGGUGGAGGUGCGGCCAUUGCCCCUCCUCCGUCCCUGGGGGUGGAUGAUGCUCCGAACUCGCCUCCAAUGCCCAGCAAAGUCAGCAAUUUUGCUGGCAUUGGCAGUUCUAUUGCAGCAAAGAUUAUGGCCAAGUAUGGCUUUAAGGAGGGUCAAGGAUUAGGGAAGAGUGAGCAGGGAAUUGUGCGAGCCCUUGAGGUUGAAAAAACAAGUAAGCGAGGCGGCCGUAUUGUGCUAGAGCGAGAGGAUUCACCUGGUCCCCCUGCUAUGCCUCCCCCUGUGGCCCCACCGCCCCGGCCUGCCCAGACAGAAAAGCCAGAAACCAACAUUGCACACAUAUUGCGAAACCCAUCAAAAGUGGCGCUUCUACGGAAUAUGGUGGGCCCUGGGGAGGUAGAUGAUGAGCUGGAGCCAGAAGUACGAGAGGAAUGCAACGGGAAGUAUGGGACGGUUGUGCAAGUGGUCAUCUUUGAGAUCCCGCGGGCAGUCCCUGAGGAGGCAGUUCGCAUAUUUGUUGAAUUCCAGAGAGUUGAGUCUGCAAUCAAAGCUGUAAUUGACCUGAACGGAAGAUUUUUUGGCGGCCGUCAAGUCAAGGCAGGUUUCUAUGAGUACGAAGACUUCAAGGCAAAGAGACUGAAUGAUCCGAUUGAAUAAGCAUUAGGGUGUCAUAGCCAGUAGAAGUGGAGUUAGGUCCUCUUACCAUGAAUUGAUGAGGCAUGGAAGAAAUUUUACAAUGUGUAAGUCAGAGAAAUGUCCUUUUUUAUGUGUCAAAAUAUGUGCUGUGUUCACAUAUACAGUUUAGACUUCAUUCUGAUCUUACAGUAAUUGGUCUGGCUUUUGAUGCUGUUUUGUGUGUCUGAACUUUCCCUGUUUUAUAAGAGAGUUGGGAAAAUUAUUUCAGAUACCCUACAUGAAUACUGUAAAAUAUGACAGAAUAGGGAAAAGUGAAGGAUUAUAAAUAAAAAAAGGAA